GUUCGCGGCUGGCGCUGCUCCCAGCAGCCGGGCAGGGGAGCUCUGUGGCGCCUCUCAUCCCCGCUCGCACGUAGAGCAGAGCGGAGCGGGACGGGCGAGGACGGGGGCGGAUUCACACACGCAGCAGCAGCAGCCGGUGCAGUUUCAGGCGCUCUGUCCAUCUAGGGCGCACAUCUCUAUCUCCCCCCCUCCUCCUGCUCCAGGGCUGCUCUGGCGGUGCCUCCCCCUCUCCAAGCCUCCAUCUGCGGCUGGGGCUGCCCGCUCCUCCCCAGCGCGCCUCGCUGGGCUCCGGAGCGCAGCCCGGGUCAGGCAGAGAGCGGCUGCCGCAGCUCCGGAGCAGGGAGCGCGGAGAGCCCUGCCAGCCAGCGCGCACCCAUGCGCUAAGGGAGCGGAGCGCACAGCAGCCGCAGCGGGGAGGCAGGCGACGGCACCGGCUGCGGAAGAGGAUGCGGGGCUCGGGCGCCCGGGCAAGGGCAGCGGGGCUGGGCUGCAGCGGCGGCGGCUCCCCGGCUCCCUUCUGGACGUGCCUCCUGCUGUGCGGAGCGCUGCGGAGCCUGCUGGCCAGCCCCAGCAACGAAGUGAAUUUACUGGACUCACGCACCGUCAUGGGGGAUCUGGGAUGGAUAGCCUAUCCAAAAAAUGGGUGGGAAGAAAUUGGUGAGGUGGAUGAAAAUUAUGCUCCAAUACACACAUAUCAAGUGUGCAAAGUAAUGGAACAGAAUCAGAACAACUGGCUUCUGACUAGCUGGAUCUCCAAUGAAGGAGCCUCCCGGAUCUUCAUUGAACUCAAGUUCACUCUGAGGGACUGUAACAGUCUUCCAGGAGGACUCGGGACUUGCAAAGAGACUUUCAAUGUGUAUUACUUUGAAUCGGAUGACGAAGACGGGAGGAACAUCAAAGAAAACCAGUACAUCAAGAUCGACACCAUUGCCGCGGAUGAGAGCUUCACAGAGCUCGACCUUGGAGACCGAGUCAUGAAGCUGAACACUGAGGUCAGAGAUGUUGGGCCUUUGACCAAAAAGGGAUUUUACUUGGCUUUCCAGGAUGUAGGUGCCUGCAUCGCCCUGGUGUCCGUGCGAGUGUAUUACAAAAAGUGCCCUUCCGUUAUCCGUAACCUGGCCCUCUUUCCUGAUACCAUCACUGGGGCAGAUUCCUCCCAGCUGCUGGAAGUGUCUGGCUCAUGUGUGAACCACUCUGUGACCGAUGAGCCUCCAAAGAUGCACUGCAGUGCCGAAGGGGAAUGGCUGGUGCCCAUUGGAAAAUGCAUGUGUAAGGCAGGGUACGAAGAGAAGAACAGCACCUGUCAAGUCUGCAGACCUGGAUUCUUCAAGGCCUCUCCCCAGAGCCCAUCCUGCAGUAAAUGCCCCCCUCACAGCUACACACACGAGGAAGCAUCCACCUCCUGUCUGUGUGAAGAACACUAUUUCAGAAGGGAGUCGGACCCACCCACCAUGGCCUGUACAAGACCCCCCUCAGCUCCUCGGAAUGCCAUCUCAAAUGUUAACGAGACUAGUGUCUUCCUGGAAUGGAUUCCCCCGGCUGACACUGGUGGAAGGAAAGAUGUGUCUUAUUAUAUUGCAUGCAAGAAGUGCAGCUCCCACUCGGGGCUGUGUGAGGCGUGUGGCAGUCAUGUCAGGUACCUCCCCCAGCAAAUCGGCCUGAAAAACACCUCUGUCAUGAUGGUGGACCUGCUUGCUCACACAAACUAUACCUUUGAAAUUGAGGCAGUGAACGGAGUGUCCGACCAGAGCCCUGCAGCGCGGCAGUAUGUAGCUGUAAAUGUAACCACAAAUCAGGCAGCACCGUCUCCAAUCAGUAUUGUGAAAAAAGGCAAGAUAGCUAAAAAUAGCAUCUCCCUUUCCUGGCAGGAGCCGGAUCGACCCAACGGCAUCAUCCUGGAGUAUGAAAUCAAAUAUUUUGAAAAGGAUCAAGAGACCAGCUACACUAUCAUCAAAUCGAAAGAGACGAAGAUCACGGUGAAUGGCUUGAAACCAGCGUCGACAUAUAUCUUCCAAAUUCGAGCGCGCACGGCAGCAGGAUAUGGUGGCUUCAGUCGAAGAUUUGAGUUUGAAACCAGCCCAGUGUCAGUAGCUGCAUCCAGUGAUCAGAGCCAGAUUCCUAUAAUUGCUGUGUCAGUGACAGUGGGAGUUAUCCUGUUGGCGGUUGUGAUUGGUUUCCUUCUCAGUGGAAGUUGCUGCGAUUAUGGCUGUGGGUGGGCUUCUUCCCUGCGUGCUGUUGCAUAUCCAAGCCUAAUAUGGCGAUGUGGAUAUAGCAAAGCUAAACAAGAUCCAGAAGAAGAAAAGAUGCAUUUUCAUAAUGGCCAUAUUAAAUUGCCUGGAUUAAGGACUUAUAUUGACCCACAUACGUAUGAAGACCCCAAUCAAGCCGUCCAUGAAUUUGCCAAGGAAAUUGAAGCUUCAUGCAUAACAAUUGAAAGAGUUAUCGGAGCUGGGGAAUUCGGAGAAGUUUGUAGUGGGCGUCUGAAACUGCCUGGAAAACGCGAGUUUCCAGUGGCCAUAAAAACCCUCAAAGUGGGCUACACUGAAAAGCAAAGACGAGAUUUCCUGGGGGAAGCAAGCAUCAUGGGACAGUUCGACCAUCCCAAUAUCAUUCACUUGGAAGGUGUUGUCACAAAAAGUAAGCCAGUAAUGAUAGUGACAGAGUAUAUGGAGAAUGGCUCUCUCGACACAUUUUUAAAGAAGAACGAUGGGCAGUUCACUGUCAUUCAGCUGGUUGGGAUGCUGAGAGGCAUUGCAUCAGGCAUGAAGUACCUGUCAGACAUGGGUUACGUACAUAGAGACCUUGCUGCCAGAAACAUCCUCAUCAACAGCAAUUUAGUGUGCAAAGUGUCUGACUUCGGGCUCUCCAGAGUCCUAGAAGAUGACCCUGAAGCAGCGUACACAACAAGGGGAGGGAAGAUCCCGAUCAGAUGGACAGCCCCAGAAGCCAUCGCCUUCCGCAAAUUCACCUCGGCCAGCGACGUCUGGAGCUAUGGGAUAGUGAUGUGGGAAGUAGUGUCUUAUGGAGAGAGACCCUACUGGGAGAUGACCAAUCAAGAUGUGAUAAAAGCUGUGGAGGAGGGCUACCGUUUGCCAAGUCCCAUGGACUGCCCGGCUGCUCUUUACCAGCUAAUGCUCGACUGCUGGCAGAAAGAUCGGAACAGCAGGCCCAAAUUUGACGAAAUUGUCAGCAUGUUGGACAAGCUCAUCCGUAACCCGAGCAGCUUGAAGACACUGGUUAAUGCGUCGAGCAGAGUGUCAAAUUUAUUAGUAGAACAUAGCCCCUUGGGAAGUGGCACCUACAGAUCCGUAGGUGAAUGGCUGGAAGCCAUCAAAAUGGGACGGUACACGGAGAUCUUCAUGGAAAAUGGAUACAGUUCAAUGGAUGCCGUGGCUCAGGUGACCUUGGAGGAUUUGAGGCGGCUUGGAGUGACACUUGUUGGUCACCAGAAGAAGAUAAUGAGCAGCCUUCAAGAGAUGAAGGUCCAGUUGGUGAAUGGGAUGGUGCCAUUGUAACUUGGUUUUAAAGUCACUUUCUCAAGUGAUUGACCCUGCACUUUGUAAACUAGCCCUGAGAUUUAUUAUAAGAAAAAAGAAAAAAAAAGGGAAAGUCGGUUAUUUCUAUAACUGAAGGACAUUGGCUGGCCUCUGCCGCAUAAUUUGUAAUCAGUGUUUGACUAAAAUUUUCCUUUCCUUCCUAUUUGUGUCUUCAUGAAGUAAAUGUAACAUGCAUGGAAAUGGAUCUACUGUACAUGAGGGUAACCAUUUUCUUAUGCUUCAGCAACAACAAGAAGAAAAAGCCUUCCCACCACACUUUGUCUGUACAUGGAAUAUAUAGAGAGCACCUUUAUAUACUGAAUUAUGGCAGCACAUGUUAAUACUUCCAAGGACUUACUUGAAUGGAAAAGUUUUGUAGCCAUUCAUGGGCUAAGAAAAGCUGCAGUUUACUGAAGUUUACUUCGAGUCUUAAUUGUCUACAGAAGUGUAUUGAAGAGCAAUAUGAUUAGAUUAUUUCUUGAUAGAUAUUUUGUUUUGUAAAUUUAAAAAAAUGCUGUUACACAGCGUUAAGUUAUAGAGACUAGUGUAGAAACAUGUUACUUGUUCAGUGGCAAAUACAAUACAGGGUGUAUAUUUUUCCCCCUCUGUGUUAUAAAGUUCCUUUUAAUUUGCUCUUCUGGGAGAUGAAUACAUGAGUAAUAUGUAUAUACUGUACAGUUUGCUACACAUCCAGGUACAAGGAUUUUUGGUUAGAUUUGGUUUUGGUUGGUUUGGUUUGGGUUGUUUUGUGCUACCACUUUCUUGUAUUUUUGCUGCUCUUUGGUUCAAACAACAUAUAACAACAAAGCUUUCAGGAGUUUUAAUUACAUAUGUGAGGUCACAAGCAUGCGUUUCAAUAAAAGUCAUUUCUCCCUCUAUUUCUACAUGAGCUCUGGAUAUUAAAGGGCAGAUUUCAAAAGCAUAAAUGGGAGUUAGCCAUCCAACUCACAUUGACUUUCAAUGGCAACUGGGUACCUAAUUUCUUCUAUACCUUUGAAAGUCUCCCCCUAAAAUAUCUAGCCUGGCUCAGCACUCCUGUGUACUGUAACCAAUCUGCUGCAAACGGACUUAAUCUCAGGGACCCAUGUGCUUCCAAGCCAGCUGGGUCUGGGUGGAGACUAGUCACUGUUUUUAGCUCUGGGUCUAUAGAGCAUACUCCCAGGCUCAGACCUCUUGUCUUGAGCCCUUCCUUGGCUUGUCAGUCCACCACCCUAGUCAAUAAAACCGGUGUCUCUGACUUCCCGAGCCACUCAGUUGCUUACACACGCUCGCCCAGAACUCCACUGAGGCUGUGGAUUCUCUGGGGUAUGAGGUUAACGCCUUAAAGGACAACAUGGCAAGGAAGCAGGGAGCACAAGCUUAGGCAAGGAAUCUCUUCACCACAGACACUUUACUCUUCAAAACAUUGCAGUUACAGAGCAUCAGAAAAUAACGGAAGCCCUGAGUGCUCCAUUAUUCUGAUCUUACUGCUCUUGUGAGCCUGUGGUCUGGACAAAGUCCCUCCUGCCCUCUUGUUCCACCAAGCCUUUUGUUCUGUGGUGAUGGUCAGUCCCCCAACUCAGAGCAGCACCCCUUCUUAAGUGCAGUCUCUGUCUCCUUCGCCCAGGUGCUCCUCUGGAAAGCUUAUCCCUCCCCUUCAUCAGGCUGCAGUGUAGAAAAAACAUUGUUCCAUUGGGUCAGCAGUUGGGAGACAAUCAAAGUGGACAGCCCUAGACUGCCAUAUUGAUGCUUUCUCCUAAUGUCCCUUCAGUGAGAUGUCAAGCAGCUUUCCUGGGUAGGGUGUCUGCAAAACAAUUCAAUAACCUGCCCUUGGUUAAGGUUAGGCUUGUGUUCGGCACAUGAUACAAAAUGGAGUUCCUAACACAAGAUGGAGGUUACAAUUUGAUUCUUUGCAGUGUGGUAGCCAUGUUGAUCCCAGGAUAUGAGAGAGCCAAGGGGGGUGAGGUAAUCGUUUAAUGGACCAACUUCAA